GCCCACCAUAGCAUUUCUUGUGCGGCAAGAACACUCGAGACCAUAGCCAUCGUCAACAUGGCGACCACCACGGAAUAUACGCUUGAAAAGAUAGCAGGCCAUCACGUCGAGGAGACGCUUGGCCAGGGUGCCCUUAUCGAUGCCAAACAUGCCGCGGAUGAAGAGCACGCGCAGAGUCUCUGGCAAGCUAUCAAGGCCAACAAAAACGCUGUCGGCUGGUCGGUGCUGGUCUCCAUGUCUGUGGUCAUGGAGGGUUAUGACACUAUCCUAAUCGGCAAUUUCUUCGGAUAUCCCGAAUUCCAGAAGAAGUACGGCCAUGAUUAUGGUGGUACGACCGGAUAUCAGAUUUCGGCUCCGUGGCAGACUGGCCUGGGUAUGGCCAGUACGGUUGGCGCUAUUUUCGGUGGAGUUAUGAAUGGCCAGCUCUGUGCUAAAUAUGGCUACCGAUGGGUAAUGAUCGUCGCCCUCUUCUUCAUGACAGCAUUCAUUUUCAUCAUCUUCUUCGCCCAAUCCCUCCCCGUCUUGCUGGUGGGCGAGAUCCUCUGCGGCUUUUCCUGGGGCGUUUUCGCAACUGUCGGCCCGGCGUACGCUUCUGAGGUCUGUCCAACCAACUUGCGUGGCUAUCUGACCACCUUCGUCAACCUUUGCUGGGCCAUCGGUCAGUUUAUUGCGGCUGGCGUGCUGGAAGGCCUGAUCAACCGGCCUGACCAGUGGUCCUACCGCAUUCCCUUCGCGUUGCAGUGGAUCUGGCCCGUACCGCUCAUGAUCUGCUGCUUCUACAUGCCUGAGAGCCCAUGGUAUCUGGUGCGAAAUGACCGACUGGAGGACGCCAAACACAGCAUUAAGCGGCUGAGCAACGAUAAGACGGAGGAACAGUUGGCUGGCCAGCUCGCCAUGCUGGUGCAUACCGUCAAGAUCGAAGCCGAGAUUGUAUCCGGUACUUCGUACUUGGACUGCUUCAAGGGCGUUGACCUCCGCCGCACCGAGAUUGCAUGCGUUACCUUCGCCGGCCAGAUCCUGUCUGGCAGCACAUUUGCCUAUUCCCCCACCUACUUCUUCGAACAGGCAGGUAUGAGUCCUACAGAGGCGUUCAAGAUGAACGUGGGUAGCACGGCGAUGGCGUUUACCGGAACUCUCCUCUCGUGGUGGCUCAUCACGUACUCGGGCCGUCGUACUCUGUACGUCUGGGGCCAAGGCACCCUGUUCUUCCUUCAGAUUAUCAUCGGCAUCCUGAGCGCGACAACCAGCUCCAAAGGGUCGCUCUGGGCCCAGGCGGCGCUCUGCAUCAUCUGGGUGCUCACCUACUCGAUGACGGUUGGCCCUAUCGCCUACGCUAUCGUCUCCGAAACCUCGUCCGUCCGUCUACGUUCGCUCAGCGUUUGCUUGGCCCGCACGACCUACCAGAUUGUAAACGUUAUCUCGCAGGUGUUGGAACCUUACUUCAUGAAUCCCACCGCCUGGAACGCCAAGGGAAAGACAGCCUUCUUCUGGGGCGCCACCGCCCUUGGAAUGUUUGCCUGGUCCUAUUUCCGCCUACCCGAGGCCAAGGGCCGCACUUACGAGGAAAUGGAUCUCCUUUUCCAGAAGAAGGUGCCCGCCCGGAAGUUCGCCUCCACUCAUGUCGAUCCCUAUGCAUUAGGAAUUGCACCAUCGAAGGAGGCCCUCGCACCCACGCAGGAAGAGACCAAGGAGACCAAGUAAUCGGACACUUUUGGAUUGUUCCUUAAUCUUGUAAUUCGUUUAAUACGAUACCUGCCUAACUGUGACGGCAGGAUCGAGGCAAUGGCCAGGGCUCAAAGAUCCAAGAAUCUCAUGUAUUGAAAAUACUAAGCUAAAGAGAAGAAGGAGAGAGAGAGAGAAGGAAAGGGGAUAAAAGGAGGGAAAUACUAGCUAAAACCACUGAAACGCCGGCUAGCUAGGUGAAACUGGUCAUGUGACAGCCUGUGAUAGGCACACGUGAUGGCGCAUGGACAGGUGUCAGAUAUCGUAGAUCUAGUUUCCUAUUUUGGGUACAGCUUGCGAUCGGAAUCAUAUGGAUCGCAUAGGAUUUCCUAAUUAAGUAAAGGGCUUCGCAUGCCUGGCUAAGUACUAGGGAAUAUAUAGGGAGACGCUCCUAGCUUUGGAAGGGG